GAGGCUAAUUUUGACUUGAAGGCUAAUUAUGGGUCAAAGGCCAUAAUUGACGCAGUCGUUUUUGGGAGUGAAAAGCCAAUUUCGAAGUUAUUUCCUUCUUCCUUCUCUCUCCAUCCUUCUAUAUAUAAACCUUCCUCUCCUCUUUCUCAUUUCACAUCCCUCAAGCCAUUUCGAAAUCCUUCUAGAUUGAGAGAGAGAACAACAGACGAAACCAAGUUUCUUCAAUCUCGUUGCCGCAUUUCAUCCUUUUAUUGUCUGUUCUGUCUCUCUCUCUUCACGAAACCACAUAAUCCGAAAAUGGCUCGUUCUCUCUCUAACGUUAAGCUCGUAUCUGCUUUCGUCUCUCAAGGACUCUCCAAUGCUAUCUUUCGACGUGGGUUUGCGGCCACGGCGGCGCAACCAAGCGUUUCGAGCGGUGGAAGAAGUGGAUCCGUUGUUUCGGCGGUGAUGAAGAAGAAGGGAGUGGAAGAUUCGAACCAGAAGAUUUCUUGGGUUCCAGAUCCCAAAACCGGUUAUUACAGACCGGAAACCGGUUCCAACGAGAUUGACCCAGCGGAGCUACGAGCAGCUCUCUUGAACAACAAGCAGUGA